AACUGACAGCUGGGUUGCCAGGUUUCCAUCGCAAUGUGCUUCGCAACAAAUUUUCAACUUUGCGCCAUCGAUCAAAUUUUCUGCUCCACUCAGUUGUUAUUUUCGAAUCCCCCGGAGACGUGUGCAUAGGUACUGCCCCAAGCCCCAGAAAUGUCCUACCAGAACUGGCUGAACUACCUGCAGUCGGCGGAGAAGAACUCGAUGAUCAGCGGGCGCGCGCGCAAGGUGCUCUACAAAUUCCCGGACGGAAGGCAGAUGGCCGAGGAGUACAACAUGGACACGGGCAUCGUGCAGCGGAGGGCGUGGAAGUCCAAGAGCAACAAGAUCAUGGGCGAGUCGGACUGGGAAAUCGAGCUGGGCGAGGAGCCCCGUCAGCUGAACUGGUCGGGUAACAAGCCACCAGGAUCUGGAGAGGAAGCAGACCCCCUAGCCGGCGGAGACUUCACACUGCGGGAGAGCAACACCGCUCCACUGCUGACCAAGCGGAUUACCAAGAAGAACAUCGAGUGGCGCAUCCGCAACAUGCCCUACUCCCUGGACACCUACAACGUAACCGCCGAUCCCGAGAAGCGGGCCAUAAUCGUGCGCACCUCGAACAAGAAGUACUACAAGGUCAUCCCGGUUCCGGAACUGGACCGCUGUGGGGUCAAGCCCGCGCAGGAGAGCCUCUCGGUGCACCACCAGUUCAACACGCUGAUUAUAACCUACCAGAAACCAGCGAUCCUCUGCGAGAUGGAGGCGCAGGUCUUGCUUCUACUCAAAAAUGUCGAGACCGAAACCGACAUGGAUGAUCUGUUGAAGGGUCUGAUGGCCAAAUAAACUA